AUGAACUCGUUGCCUUCUGCUAUCAGUUCGGGCCAGACUGGGGCUCUACACAUCUCGCCCUCUCGGAUUAAAACCAAGAACAGGGGACAGAUGCAGGCUAAUGGCGACGAGAUCUUCCAGCUUUCGGACACGGGGAGUCAAAUUGUGCCUCUGUACAUUUGGAUGGCCGAUAUAUUCCCCCUGCAGGAUAACACGCCCAAGACUCACGACAGUGUGAUUGACUGGUUGAGAAAGGGCCUCGACCAAGCCCUGGGGGACUACCCUGAAUUAACAGGAACGUUGCACCAAGACAAUGAAGCCCGAAGAAUUGUCAUCAAACGAACCUCCAUCGGCGACGUGCCCCUGCAUAUAGUUGAUGGGUCAAAUGAACUCCCUUCCUUUCAGUGGUAUCACAGCCACGAUUAUCCCCCACAGCAGCUCAAAAAGGAAAGCUUGAUCCCACCCGAAGGGCAUUUGGGUGUAAUGGCCAUCGCACCGGAUCUUAGCACCUCAGGACCCCGAGUUGCUGCUUUCCAAGUGACUUUAAUCAAUGGCGGUAUCGUUGUGGCCUCGGCGAUAAGCCAUCAGGUUAUCGACGGCAUGGGCUGGGACUCCUUUUUCACAACCUGGGCCGCUUAUUCCAAGGCUCACGCGAUGGGUGAUCCUGAAGCCCAUGGAUUGGAUCCGGAAAUCCCGCCACACACGCUGUUCACGGCCGAAUGGAAACCCAGCCUAGAGAAGUGGGAAAGAUUGCGUGGUAAAUAUCCAACCAUGAGACACAACGAAGCGCCUCCCUCGCCGCCACCAGAAGAUUUCCAGCAGCCCGUUGUCAAGACGCGCAUAUUCCACUUCCCAAGAAGCAAAGUGCAAGCACUCAAGGCCGAAUGCAGCAGAGACCUGCCGGCCGAGGUGCCCUUUAUAUCUUCGUUCGACGCCAUAGCUGCAUUAUGGUGGCGAGCAUGCCUGCGAGCCAAACUGCCCGUGCAGCCCGAGAUCAGUGCCCCAGGCGCAACGACCAACAACAUCCACGCCGUCAACAUGCGACCUCGGUGCGGGAAGCCCAUUUCGCAACGUUUCAUCGGUUCCUGCGUUGCACUCCCACGCUCGCGGGACGUGCUCGCAUCCGAGGCUCUCGGCGACCGCGCAGUAGCCUUGCCUUUACUAGCGGCCGUAGUGCGCACCAACACGGCCGCCGUCACCCCCGAGUACUGCCGGGGUCAAAUGCUGUGGGCGGCGGGGGCGCCGGAUCUGCGCUUCAACGACCUCGACAUGCCGUGGUUUAAUGGCAAAACGUGCAUGGGGUUCGCGUGGCACAACAUGCAGCCUUAUGAGAAGCACGACUUUGGUUUCGGCCUCCCCACGGGGUUUCGCUGGCCCGAGAUGGGGUUUGAGAGCUUCUUCUUCCUCUUUCCCAGUCGUGCUGCCGCCCGGGCUCGGAUGGGCGAGACGGAUUUGUAUCCGGAUGAGGGGCUUGAGGUUAGCUUUGGUAUGGAGGAGUCCUGUUUUGCACGCCUUGAGAAGGAUGAGGAGCUGUUGCAGUUUUGUGAACAGAGGGGUAUGUGCGAUUGA